AUUGAGGGGAAAUGACGUGCUAAUGUUUUGAAUCGUGCGGGCUAACAAGCAUCACGGAGCCUGUACAAGCACUGCGAAGACCAGCCUCCCUCAGACACAUUUGGGGGAAACCUUGAGCUUCAUGUAUCCAUAGUUUCUGUCACAGGUUGACGCUGCUGCUGCUCACUGUGGCUUCCUUCACCAUCUGCUGAACUCCAGCUCUUUAACAGAGCGUUUCCUCUGCUGCAAAACAGGACAAAGCAAUGGACCUCCACAAAAUCAUCCACAGUGCGCUGCAUGAGUUCAUUCAGACUUACAUUCCUGAUGCAGAUCUCAGCACACUGGAUGAUGUUCUUCUGUCUUACAUCACUGGAGUCCUGGAGGAUCUUGGCUCCCAGCAGAGUGUUGAGGAGAACUUUGACGUGGAGGUCUUUGCAGAGAUGCUAGAAGCUUACAUACCUGGCUUUGCCGAGAUUGACAGCGUCAAAAUCUGUGAGAUGAUGUUCAGUCUGGCUUCGAAACUAGCCACUGCUCGGACCUCAGCUGAUGAAGAAAAUAGCGUGCCUAAGGCAAGGACAGACGAGGUCUCAUUGAAACUCAACACACUGCCCAGUGAGCCUCCACCAGGAAGAGAAACACAGUGCCUUAAAACACAGACAGAGGGCGCCGGCGCCACCGCCAAGCCACCAGUGUCUGAGUGGGAGGCUCAGGAGCAGCACCUGCUGGAGAUGUUUCCCAAGUGCAGUCUGUCCGAGGCUCGCAGCGCCCUGUCUAUUGCCAAAGGAGACAUGGAGGAAGCUGUGCGCCUCAUCAUAGAGGGCGACGUCCAACUCAGCCCCACUCCUCUAAAUGUAAACCACGGGAAGGGUAUUUCCUCGCUGGCAGACCAGAAACUUAAAGAGAGCAUCCUUGAGAAGUACAUGCUAGUGGACAGGGAGGAAGAUAACAAAACACACCGGCCAGUCGCCCCCAAAGACGCUCCAAAGAAGCUAGUUCGGUACCAUAGUAACCAGGUGGUAACCACGAAGGGAGAGCGAUAUCAGCUCGUGAAGAAAACGAGACGGAGGACAUGAAGAAGACGUACGUCAACCUCAAGCCUGCGCGAAAGUACAGAUUCCAUUGAUGACGAGCGCAACACUGUAAGAGCAGCGAAUGACAAUAUUGUUUACACAGUUUUUAAUUUAUUACGUUUAUUUAGCCGGAUUUGUUAGAUUUUUUUCCCAAAUAAAGGAAGACAUUUGCUAGCGUGUCAGUGGCUUAUUUUGAACAACCAUUAUAUGCCUUGGUUAAAACAUUAAAUUACAGUGUUUGGAUUGCGUUACCGUUUACGUGAGGAGCUUUUGAAAUUAUGUGAUAUUUUGGUCAGGAUGUUGUAACUUGUGUUCUUGUUGGUGUAACAGCCUAACCUAACUACUUUUGGCCAUCUCAGCCGGUCUGAUCUUGCACUGACAGUAUUUUUUUUUUUUGCAUUUCAGUUUUCUUAUGUUUUUUCUAAGGUGUAUUUUCUUUUUAACCCAGUAGAAUAUAGAUUCAUAAUUAUGAUAUGACAUUGCAAGUGGAUCUAUAUUCAUUUCUGUAAAUAAGUUCUAGUGGUGCUGUAGAGUUUCUUCUGGAAAUUACAAGUCUCAGAUGCUUUGUUUUGUUUUUUUAUGUACAUACACCGAUUAGCCAAAACAUUUAAACCUCAUCAAAUCUUUAUGCUUGCACUUUUUUUUUUCUGCUUCCAACCCAUCAACUUCAACAACUGUUCACUUGCUGCCUGGUAAAUCCCACUCCUUGACAGGUGCCAUCGUAACAAGGUGUCCCCAGUGUCACCUUUAGGUGGUUUUAAUGUUGUGGCUGAUCGGUUGUUAUUUCAAUGAAGCCUAUUUCAUUAAUAGUUAGAUUUUUACAUCAUGCAAGAUUACAGUGCUGUGAAACAUUUAUUCAAGCCUUGUGUUUUGGAACAAUUUGUUGAGCUACAACAUUGGUAUAUAAUUGAAAAACCUUGGCUUUAAAUUCUCCGAAAGUCCUAUUUGACAGCUUGUCUUUAUGACAUGUGACUCAUCAGCAGCCUAAGAUUAAAUAUUUAUCAGUGAUUCAGCUAAGCUCUGGCAGAAUCAGAUGUACACUUACUUUUCACAUCUUAUAUAUAUAUAUAUAUAUAUAUAUAUAUAUAUUUUUUUUUUUUUUUAAACUCACCUGGAAUAGAAAACAGUCAUGAUCGGUGAAUUAAUUGUUAAUUUUACAGUACAUAUAAUUCAUUUUCCCAAAGGUGUACCAACUUUUGCAGCACUGUAAUUUCAGACAUAAUUAAGUGGAGGACUGUGGUUGCCCCUCUCAAAAAGAAAAAAUAAAUAACGUUGAGUGAAAUAUGCUGCUGGAGGACUUCAUGUUAAAGUUCAUUCCAACAGUAGUAUCUUUAUUUUUGAUAUAGAUGUUUAGAUUUGCAAAGUCUCCAAUUUAUGUAUUUGUGAAAGCAGAAGGCUGUGUUCUUUCAGGGUCUGUUUACAUAUUACCAGAGUGGUUCUGUGUCACGGCUCCUCUCAUCUCAUUUGUGUUCUGUGAACUUUGCUUCGCUUGUAAUUGUUGGUUGUGGAACUUUUGAUUAUGAUUGGAUUCUUAUUUCCUGUUAGUUGUAUAUUAGGAUAAAUGGAUUGGUGAGAGUUUUCCUUUACUCCGAUAUAUUGUUGUUUGUGUUCCUCUCUGCAUCCGUUAGGAGCAACUAUAAGCAAUUGUUUUAAACUGGUAGUAUAAUAUUGUUUUUGCUGAGUGUAGUGUAACACAAUUGAGUGUUGAAAAGAUGCAUUGUUACUGCUAGUUGUCAUUAUCAGCAGCAAUGUUAUCUUUAAUUAGUAAACGAUGGUGGUACAGUAGAGCAUGGAGUGGAUUUCCUGAAGAUGUUUAGUCACAACUGAGUUUUAACCCCUCGCUUUGAGAAACUGCUGACGCACAAUUUAUAGUAAAUAAAUACUAAUUUUUGUAGACUACAA